GAUGCCACCUCAGCGAGGGAAAUCUGGCGCAGGCCGACCGGACCAGGCGGAUGAAAUUGGAUCCGAGGCGGCAAAGAAAUAUAAUGGACUGUUUUCUGAGAAGGACUGGAAAUGUAAACUUUGUUCCAAUAUCAACUGGGCUCGACGAAACGUGUGCAAUCAGUGUCAAUCUCCAAAGCCUGGCAGUGGCACGGACGCCCAGAGGGAAGGGCACGGUGGAGGGUUCUUUGAUAGAGAGGCGGAAAUCGAGUACAGAGAGACACGCUAUCAAGAUGAUGAUGAGUAUGACGAUUUUGGAAGGCUAAAAAAGAAGAAGCGAAAUGGGAGUGGGCAGGAAGGGUCAGCUGAGCCGGUGUCCCGUCCUCGAAUGGCAGCGGAAGCGGACCAAAAGGUUGAAAAACAAGAUCGCGACGAUGAUGAUGACGAUGAUGGCGAUGGGGAUGAUGGAAAAUGGGAUGCAUGGGCAGAUAUUCUAGGCGACGAUACGAAAACCGAAUCAGUUGGAACUAAAGCAACCAGCGUCGCCUCCGAGGAGAAGACAUACGCCGCCAAACUUGAACGAGACAGAUCCCCUCAAAGGGAUCGUGAUUACCGCUACAGAGACCGCAGGCGAUCUCGUAGUCGGUCUCGAUCUAGAACGCGAUCUGACCAUGGUGAGCGAAGAGGAUACGAACGUCGGAGUCGGUCUCCAAGAUAUCGAAAUGGGCCGAGGGGGGAACGCUCCUAUUCCAGGGAAGAGGAUAGGGGAUACCGAAGAGUCAGUAGAAGUCGAUCUCGCGAUCGGUAUAGGAGAAGAUGACCGCGUUUUAAUGUGCACCAGCGGUUGGGGUCUUUCAUUCAGACAAGAAUUAUCAGCGCUGUGCUACAUCCAUCAUCGGUGCAAGACGAUUGUAAAUCCUUGCUCAGUAUCAUGAUCUUGUCUAUAAUUUACUGUUGCAAUGACCCUCAUG